UUCAUAAUGGACUCUUGACGAUCUAAUGGAUACUGAAUCUGCGAUAUCAUCACUCUCCGAAUUAUCACCCUCCGAUGGGGAGGCAAUGCAGAGGUUGAAGGAAAGGCUGCCGUCAGAUCAACAGAAUCUCUACACGUACGUUCCUAUCAGCGACGAUGAAAUCAUGCUGGUGCUCUUAAGUCCUGGCAAAGAAGACGAUAAGAUCUAUUGCGAGUUGAAAGCGAUUCGUAUCUCGAAAAUCAAAUACAAGAAAAUAAGAUACCAGGCAUUGUCGUAUUGUUGGGGUAGCGAGCAUCCCACCGAAGCCAUCUUUGUCCAAGAUAUUUCUGUUCCACAGGCAACAGGCGAGGCCGAGGAGAUGAUGAUUCUUAUGGCUACUCAAACAAAACCCCGCCCUUUUGCCGUCCGCCCGAACUUAUUUGCUGCGUUGAAAUGUCUGCGGUCUGAGACCGACGACGUCUGGCUGUGGGUUGAUGCUAUAUGCAUCAACCAGGAAGACGACGACGAAAAGAAUCAUCAGCUUCCAAAAAUGCCCGACAUCUAUAGAAGGGCUUGGAAAUUGGAAGGAGACGGCCAUGACGAGGCAGUCUUGAGGUUAUGGGUGAAAUUUGCCGGUAUAUUGAAGCGGCCUUGGUUCUCACAACGUUGGGUAGUCCAAGAGGUUGCUUUUGGAACGGGAUUAUCAGUCCGGUGUGGAAAUAAGGUGGUCAGUUGGCUCGAUUUCGCUGAUGCCGUUGAGCUUUUUAUGAGGAAAUUGCCGCGAAUCCGGAUCCUCUAUGAUGCCUCCGACUUGUCAAGAUAUGACCCUGAUGCCUUAAAUAACGUCGAAUCGGCGGGCGCUCAAACUUUGGUUAGUACCACGAAUAGUAUGCUGAGCAAAACAGACGAGGGCUCUAUCUUUGACUACACUUGGGAUCUAGAGUCCCUGGUUAUGAGACUCACGUCAUUUGCUGCGUCUGACCCCAGGGAUACCGUGUUUGCACUCUGUGCGUUGGCGAAAGAUGGGAACAAGAUAUUGUCAGGGAAUCGAGGCACCGAGGGUGGGGUUGAAGGAUCGUUCAGUCCCCAGUACACGAAGCAGCCAGAAGUAGUAUACAUGGAGUUUGUCGAGUAUUGUGUCAAGACCACUGGAUCCUUGGAUGUUACUUGUCGACACUGGGCAUUACCUGUUCCAUACAAACUAGGGCACAAUAAAUGGUAUACAUCUUCACUUCCAUCUUGGGUUGGCCUCGUAGAGGACUCAUCUUUCGGGCCCCCGUCGAGUUUGACAGGUCGCAUCAAUAGAGACAGUCUCGUGGGGCAACCUGGCGCAAGGAUUUACAAUACUUCUCUGCAAAUGGCACCAGUCGUGCACUUCGGUCUUCGAUCACCUCCGAGCGAUGGUGGCAAGCGAUUUACCGAAAAAGAAGAGCUACAAUCAGCCAAGUCCAGAAAGAAGAGACCUCGAAGUACAAGCAGCAAAAACGAUUUACAGUCGUCUCUUGCCCUGACUAAUCCCAAUACCUCCAAUAUUACCACUAGGAGCGAUCUCGAAAGACCGGGAAUAGUCCUGGAAUCAAAUGCCUCUGGUUCCGCAAUACAUUCGUUGGAAAUACCUCGCUCCUUGAAUGGCAAACUCCACGCCAAGGGAAUUAUCCUUGGGGAUAUCAGUCUCGUCUCUUCCCGCGUAGUUGACGAUCGAACAUGGCGCACGCUCGUUGCAAACCGAGGGCCAGAUGGCAAAAUCCCACCUAUGUGGUACAAGCGAGCCUGUGUCUAUGCUCUGAAGAAAACCAGCCAUGAAGGGGAUUUGAACACCUCAAAACUCAUGGCUCACAAGUCUUUACCCGAGUCAGUUCUCGAGUACCUAAAACGAGUGCAGGCGGUUGUAUGGAGCAGAAAGUUCUUCAAGUGUAACAUGUCACUCGCCUCAACUACACAAGAGCUAUUCGCUCCUCCACGAGAGUGUUUGGUUGGGGUAGGCCCAAGAAACAUUGAGAAGGGAGAUUUGGUGUGCAUUUUGUUUGGUUGUUCAGUGCCGGUUAUUCUGAGGAGAUCAGGCACAUCAUGGGAUGGCAAAACACCUCAAGUCAGAUUCUUGGGCGAAAGCUAUGUACAUGGGAAGAUGGACGGUGAAGCUCCAGGGAUUGGGUCUACUCUUUCACAAUUUGGAAUGGACUUUGUGAUUAGUUAA